ACCUCCUCAUGUUCGUUAUUUCCAUCCUGACUGUGGAGGGAUCAUGCGGCAUCUUGACAAUCUUACGGCAAGGAAGGCAGACCCCGUGGCUCUUUACUACAUCUAAGGGACUGAAAGCUCCCAUUGCUGAGCAAAGCCUGUGGCCUCCAGGAAGUCAAGGAGAAAUAUUCUAGAGGAAGUGGCUGCUCCCUAGCCUCGUCUGGAUGAACCAUCAUUGCUCAUGAGAAGCAGAAAUGGACCCUCAAGUAACCAACCAAUAAGAGUGGCUGUAUGCAAAUGCUGCAGGCUGGUGAAUGAUGUCACAGUUCCCUCCUCUGACUCAAUAAUGCCACCACCACUGAAAAGGCUGACUCCUGACCGUAGCUCUUCAGAGAGAAAAAUUCACCGCAAGCAGAGCACCUUCUAGAUUGUUCCUGGAGUGUGGAGACAGAAGUCUCUGCUAUCCAAGUUACUGAAUCCAGAAAAAAAAAAAUGACCUUAUGAACAUGGGAAAAGAAAUUCAGCUAAGGCCCAAGGCAAAUGUCUCUUCUUAUAUCCACUUUUUGCUGAAUUACAGGAACAAGUUCAAGGAGCAGCAGCCAAAUACCUACCUCAGCUUUAAAGAGUUCUCUAGAAAGUGUUCGGAAAAAUGGAGGUCCAUCUCAAAACAUGAAAAGGCCAAAUAUGAAGCCCUGGCCAAGCUCGACAAAGCCCGAUACCAGGAAGAGAUGAUGAAUUACGGUGGCAAGAAGAAGAAGAGGAGAAAGAGGGACCCCUACGCACCCAGACGGCCCCCAUCAUCUUUCUUGCUCUUCUGCCAAGACCACUAUGCCCAGCUGAAGAGGGAGAAUCCAAACUGGUCUGUAGUGCAGGUGGCAAAGGCCUCAGGGAAGAUGUGGUCGGCAACAGCAGGUGCUGAAAAGCAGCCAUAUGAACAAAGAGCAGCUCUCCUGAGAGCCAAGUACCAAGAGGACCUGGAAAUCUACCGUAAACAACGUAAGGCCAACACGGGCCACCAACGGUCAGCUAAGAACCAGCGAAGAGGGAAAAUGGAGUCGGACGAGGCUGACGGAUCCAAUUAGAAAUAAAAUGUCAUUCAACUGUA